CCAAACUCCUCAUUGCCCGAUUCUAUCUAUCAAAUUGUUCGUUCCAUCUCCAUUCGGAUAUCCUGCUGAGCAACGCAAUUCCCGCUCACACACAUCGCACUAAUCGAUUCCUCCAUCGUUCGAGCCCGGCUUCCCAGACUUGUCUCUGGACCUCGCUUUCUCCCGAGUUUCACCAUCCUGCGGCGGCCUCUAUGCUGCAUGCCGGCAGCCCUUUCUUUCUCACGCGCCCACGCUUCCACCCUCCGUCAUGAUGCCCUUACGCAAUUGAUCGCACCAUCUGCUCGAAGCAGGACUGCCUGUUUCCAUCAUGGCUGGCGCUUGGCCUCCAACAUAGCCAAGGCAGACGACGGCCGUCCGGAGACGCCUAACCCCGACUUGGCCGUUUGUAAUGAGCCAAAUGUCGACAUCCACAGCUUGCGAAAUACCCUCAGAGCCCACCGCGAGGCGAAUCGAGCCUCUGUUAUACGGAAAGUCGUUGGAGAGCGCCACACUACUCGCCUGCACAUUGGAAGCUUCCUCGAUGAACCACCAUCCAGACCGCAUAGAGACGCUUCGAAAGCUCGAAAAAAAGGAGCUAGAUUCUUCUUAGGGAACAUCAGUGGAAAGACUGCGUUUCUCUCUGACAUUCAGUCUCCUCCGACAAAGGGUCAGUUCGGGAAGCACUACAAAGGCAGCUAUCGUGACCUGAGUGGUCUCUGGCGUUUCAAGGAGAAUGAGGGCGUACUUCCUACGAAGGUUCGUCUGCCAUGGUUGGCACAUGUUCCCAGUCAUGGGGCAAAGACUGGGUCAUCUGCGCUCGACCGACUGUCGUAUGAGAUUCGAGCCUUUGAAAAUUACAUUGCCCCUACGCAGGAGGAGAAACGUGCCGCCGAAAAUGCUCUCUCGGGAAUCGUUCGAGCUAUCCAGAUAGCUGACGAAAAUCUCGAUGUUGAUAUUAUCGGAUCGCGCGCCACGGGCCUGGACGACCCUCUCUCAGAUCUCGACCUCAACGUCACAAGUACCUUGUCGCCGGCGUCCUUGAAUCGUCUCAGAACACCCGUUGAAAUUUUGGACCUGCUGGAGCAGGCUUUUCGUGGCCGCCAUCGCUCGCUCCGCUUAGAGUUGCGUCCGCUUGACGUGGUGAUCAAUCUCAGAAAUGCCAGGGUUCCCAUCUUAGUGUGUCAACACAAAAAUUCUGGGUUGCCAGUGCAGAUACAGAGUACGCCACGCACCCUUGACAACACUGACUACGUGAAGGCCGUUUUGCAGGAAUACCCUACCUUGCGAAGCCUGUACAAAGUCUUGAAACAGACACUCGCCAUGCGCGGUCUCCAUAUUGGCAAUCAUGGAGGACUCACCUCCUACCCCCUCAUCAUCAUGAUUGUGGCGGCUCUCAAAUUUUCUGAGGGCAAAUUUGAGCGUAUGGAUGUGGCCAGACAGUUCCUAUAUUUCCUCGACAUGUAUGCGGAAGUCGACUUCUCCACUCAAGGGAUCUCCACGCGGCCUCUUGGAUACUUCCCCAAAGAGAUCAAGGCGACUAAGUUCACGCAGAGGUCGCUUGUCAACGAUCAAGAAUCUGCAACAUUGUACAAGGAGGAACUUAGGGGCCAACGGCGAAUGUCAGUACGUCAGAAGGGCGACGUACACUAUAUGACCUUACAGGACCCUGCAGAUCCAUUUAACGAACUUGGAAGGAAUGCAUACCAGGUCAAAGAUAUCCAAGAGACACUGAUCAGCCUACGUACGCAAUUGAAGGAAGCAAUGGUGGAAUGGGAUCGGGUCGUAUCUGGGCGGGAACUCUCAGACGAGCAUUUUCGAUCGCACUCGCUCUUAGAGCCGUGCAUAAGCGGUGAUUAUCGAGUAUAUGAGAGUGAGCGAGGCGACUUACGACUUGUCGGUCAGAGAACGGCAAAAAUCAUGAAAGCCCCCACACAAAAUUAGAACAUAUAAAUGAAAAUCCUAACUC